GUUGUGCACGAGUGGACAUAACAUGGGCUUUUGCCUUUGUGGAUUAUUUUGUGUCGUUCCGGUCGUUUCUGACACGCAAGAUGGUGCUGAUUAGCACGGCGGGAGGAACGUGACCGGUGAGAGGAAGGAUUGUGUUGAUAAAAGUACAGCGUCCGUGGUGCCUAUUGCGCUGACUUUGUGGAUGAUUUCAAAUUGCACUGACUAAUAGGCAAGGUGACCGUUAUCAUCAAUACCCCGAGGACGGAAGACGACGCCAUGCCACAUGCAUUCCUCCGCGUCCAAGUCUCCAGGCCCUCGGGACGUCCUCCUAACACUCCUCGCCGCGGAGUGAAGGUGGCGUGCGGCCGGCAGGGGGUGGAGGUGUCGUGAGGUGGGCUCCAACAUGGUGUUGAUGGGCGAGCAGGCAGAGCGACCUUUGACACCGCCGACCGCCACGGAGCAACUUCUCCAACCCCGGGGGAGUCGUUCCGAGGCGGAGAAUGACGCGCAGAGGAGACGGAGGAGACCCACAGACCUCCAGCUGUGUCUGGACAACGAACCAGAACCCUGCGAGAUCCGUAAAAAGACCACCGGAACCAGGUGUCUCCUACCGAGGAUCCUGAACCCCAGCGAGCAGCUUUCGCCGGCGCCGAGCCCCAGCGGGAAGACGUCGCCGUCCGGCCAGCUGUCCAAGACCGACGUGCACUUUCACAAGCUCUUCAAGCAAGUUGGCAGACACGAGGCGCUCCAGCAAAGUACGUAUGAACCGGCGUACGUCCUCCCUCGUCCAAACCGGACCUUGUCUUUGUGUUCUCCAUCAGGCUACACCUGCGCCCUGCAGAGGGACAUCCUUUAUCAGGGCAGGAUGUUCCUCUCUCAAAACUGGAUCUGCUUCCAUUCUAAAGUCUUUGGCAGGGACACCAAGAUCGCCAUCCCGGCGGCGUCGGUGACAUUCAUCAAGAAAACCAAAACAGUACUGCUGGUGCCGAACGCCCUGGUCAUCGAAACCGCCCGGGAGCAGCACGUUUUUGUGUCCUUCCUGUCCCGCAACGCCACCUACAAGUUCCUGCGGUCCGUCUGCGUCCACCUGGAGGUGGAGAAGACGUGCGGCAGCCGCGCCGCCGCCUCCUGCCAGGACAGCUUCCCAGCCGAGAUCCCGUCGUGCCUUCCUCUGAGGCGGCAGGAGAUGACGGAGAGCAGCAGCUCCGGAUCCCAGACUCCGGAUUACGACAAAAUGAGCGACUUUGCAGGCCUCCCAUUUGUGAGCGCCGGCGUGAAAAGCGGGGAGGUGUCGGUCCUGGCCGACGUUCACCUCCAUCCGGGCCCACAAAGCAAGGCCGGCGACGGUACUGCGGUGACUUUGUUGGAUGAAUGGCUUUUGUUUAGCGUGAACGUCUGUAAUCCACCAUCAUUAGAAAAGGGGCAUAGAACUGAACCCUGGGGAACACCUUCUCACUUCUUUUUACGCCAAGGUUCACCCGCCGGGGAGGUGUCCCAGGCGCACAAAGCCUGGCCUCACGUGACCUUGCACUCCAUCCUGCUCAUCUACUUGUUUCUAGCCGGCGUCAUGGUGGCGUCCUCCUGUUACAUGGCUUUCAAGAUGGCGGCCCUCGAGCAUCGUUUGACCUCCAUGCUGGCGGCGAGGGAGCACGUGCACAGCCAACAUGCACUGGGGCCUCAGGACGCGGAGAUCUUUGGAGAACUCUCCGCCAACCUCUUCAAGCUGGAGAAGAUUCGAAGAAACCUGCAGAAGCUGCUUGACGACACCUAAAGGAGAGCGUGGUCAUGUGACCUGCUGACUGAUGUCUUUAAAUGACCUUGUGCAAUAACAACAUCUUCUCCUCUCACCCACUCAGGACCGACGCCGGCGUGUAGUAUUUAUUAGGGGUGCACGAUAUCAGGGAUUUAUGACAUCAUACUGAUAAACCCCAUAGCUCCGAUAACUGAUCAUUUCAAAAAAGACUUCAGUGAGGUGAGAUUACCGUACUGUGUGGGUGAGCAAAUCACCUUUUUCCCUUUUUUCUCCUGCCCGCGACCUUAACGGCCUGUUGUAACUCCCCCUUAGCUCACUUGCAAACAAACAUUCACUUUACAAGGAAGGACAUUGUAACAAAUGCUUCGCCAUGAGGGGAAAAACCCCAUGGAGAACACAAAAAACCUCAUCAGCCCCCUGAAACGCCAGCGCCGCAGCGUUUGAAAAGUGCAAAAGGUGUGCCAGAGACCUCCGUGGCGUCACAGCGGCUGCUCGGAGCGUGUGCCCGAAUACAGUGCACCUUGCUGGGCCACAGCAGGUGGCUCCUCCCCCUCUAUACUCUGGUUCUCCUGAUAGUAGUGAUGUCAUGAUAUUUCAACAGGUACACUUGGUCACAUCCUCGUUUGUUGCAGUCCUUCUUACCUCCACGUGUGCACACGCUACACUUACAUCUAAAUACAACAAGUAGAUAUCAGAAAGUUACCGAUAUAUGAAUCUUGAGAAGCAUGUAGUUAUCGGUAUGUGUUUGAAAUAAAAGCUAUCGCGCAUCUCUAGUAUUUAUGUAGCGUUGUAUGGUAAAGCAGGGUAGCACCCAAGCACCAUUUCAAGGCUUUCUAUGCUGAUUUGAUGUUGUGAAAUUGCUCUUAAAUGAUGUUUUCUAUGUAUAUAAUAAUGUACUGUAUAGGUAAUGUAAUAGUACAUGUGAUUUCAUGUCCAAUCAUGUAUGUUGAUGACUAGAUGGCCUCAUGUUACUCCAACGUAGGCAUUUCUUGUUUCCAGCGUAUCUACAGCAGUUUGUCACGUAUUAAAAGAGUCGACCACUUGUGGAGUGAAGGUUUUGUUACAUUUACAGCAGACUAGA